GUAAAUGUUUUGAAAGAAGUUAAUAACGAUAAUAUGUCUUGUUCUAAUAUUAUAAAUGGGAAUAUUUAAAGAUUUGGUCUUAUAGACUAUUCCUUCUGAUGUUUCAAUUGCUCGCUGUAGUCUAAUUAUAAUUUAAGAGAUAAAGACUCAAAACCAUAGAUGUUAUGUGUCUGCAUAUUUCUCUACGUUGUUUUAUCCACACGAAACGUGACUUGUACUCAGCAGUUUCAUAGAUGUAAAGUAGACCUUAAACCACUGACACCAGUUCAGAAUCAAUACAUUUGCUCAUCCUUGCUAAUCUAGUAAUACGAAAAUCGAAGGUUCAAAUGGGUUGUCAACGUAUUAGCACCCCGUUUUGAAAUUGCCACAGAGUUCGCUGUCUCAUUCUUAAUGUGAAUGUUAAGGUCUUGGUGUAAAUGGUGGAACUACAGUGAGUUGCCGUCUGUGAAUAUGAGGGACUCGAAAAUUCACUGGCCUCCCAGUUGAGAUUCAGAAAACAAUAGGAUCUGAUGGAUAUAGACCAGGUGACAUGGCUCAUAAUUGAACGCACACAUCACAGAUUCAUUUGGAUUGUAACAUCUCACUUUUUUGCUUUUUUUGCAUUACAACAUUUCACAAUAUUGUGGUUUUGUUUACACGUCAUUUUAUGACAACUGUUGUGUGGAGUAGAAUGUCCUGACCGAUGUCAAUAGGUGGAUAACAAAAUUAUUCGCUCGUAUGGUCUCGUAGACCUCUGUCUUCGUUCUCAUGGUCACCAUGUCCUUGACAUUGGCUUCAAAAUGUAUUUAGUGGUGUCGAAUAUUUGGAUCGUUAGCCGCUGUUUCACUUUACAGUCCUUAUCAAUAGUGUGUAGUUAGACUUUUGAAUGUUAUAUAAAAAUCUACAAUCACACUAGUGUGGAUCGUUGACCCUCCGAGUUUAAAAAGAUAGUCUCCUUUUGACUUGUGGAGACCAGCUGGAAAAUUUUUGAAUCUAAGAAUGUAUAUGUAGUCAUACGGGGUGUUUGGGAGAACCUGAACUGAAGAAAUCGGGAAAGUUUUUGGCUUUGGUGUGGUUGUAGUGAUCGAGUGUUCACGCUUCGACAGUUUUUGAACGACGGUAUAUCUACUGGCUCUCAACACUUAUCUUUCUUACUAACUUGAAGUCGGCAUUGUAUUGUCUCUCGAAGGGUCUGGUUGCAAUGUUUGUUUAUAAAAAGAGUGCCAAUGAAGUAAUUUGUGUAAGUUGAGGCACUUUACACGAACUUAUUCAAUCAUGUUAAAGUUUAUGGAGAGAUGGUGUGUGAUAUGGAGACAUACAAUGAUCUCUACUGUCAUUCCGUUCCUUGUGUGAAGCAGCAUGGUAAUAAUGGGAUUAAGCGUACACCUAAGAAAAGUUGUGAAGCCCGAUCGGUUUAGAUGACUCGUACACUUGUUACUCAUUGCUGUUUUUGUUGAGCAAUGUUAGAUGAAGUUAGAAAAGCGUUUAGCUGUAUUCCUACAAAAACACCAGUCCAUGAAUUGAUUCACCAAUGAUCUAAAUCAUAUUGGUGGGGCCCCUUAGAACGCUAAAUAUUUAUGAUUUGAAACUCUUUAACAUGGCUUAGAAUCAUUUGAUAAAGUACAGUUGCAUUCACUCUUUACCAGGUCUUGAAAAUUGUCUCUGGUUUUUAUUUAAUCUCUUUAUUAGUGCCUACGUCCACUGAAGUAUCGAUACAUUUCUGUUCUCAUUUUUGUGCCGUUUUCACCCUUUUAUACGAAGUUUGGCGUUGGCUUAUUUUGAUGUAUUGUGUAGAAGUUUAAAGUAAGGCUUAAUUUUUCUGUCAUAUUAAGUAUACUGGGGUUGAAUUGCUCAACUCCCAUAUUAGCUAUGCCAUAGGCAGUACACCAUAGCCAAAUGAUUUUUCCGCACUUACAAUGUGUAUCUCUAUCUUUAAAGCCUGUCAUCUAUUAUUAGAUUUUUCAAAGAUAAACUGCUCAGUUCAGUUGUUUUAAGCUACACGGAGAACAUUAAAUUUUUUAGUGGUUGGGUGUGCUACUUUUAAUAACGUAGCAUUCUUAUCAAAAGCGUAUUAUUUUUGCGACUCUUGACAAAGAUGACUUCAUAGUGUCAACUAGGUAGUUGUUUUUUGCACGAUAGUUUCGUUUUUUAAUUGUCUUGUUCACCGAAAUGCCUUAUUUUUACGUAUAUUUAUUAGGAUCCAUGAUUGCAAAUCAACACACUAAUGCAGCUAUUGCGUAUAAUUUCAACGCUGCCAAUCGACAGCAAAUACAAAUUGUAGAUGCAAGCACUCUUCAGCCUUUAACAGAAGCAAUGGUAACUGGAGAAUACAAACGUGAUGAGGCUGUCGCUGACAAUACUCAAAUUAUUUAUGGCACUGCUACUACGGCUGCUGCAAAUUUCGCACCUGUAAUGGGUCAAAAUAUUCAGCUUGUUUCCGCAGUACCAAAUGCAGUCGAACUAGCGAAUAGUACAUUCGACUCUUCAAUGAUCGUUCCCCAGGAGGCUUCACAAGCAGGUAUGGAUAUGGAGCCCAUCGACUUGGAAGAGGUUCAGAAAAUUCAAGCUCGUAUGCCUGCUGCUGAUCCUAAUGCUCCUGUUGGUUCAAACAAGAAUCCCAUUAGGAUUAUACAGCAAGGAAACCAAUACAUAACCACCCAGGAUGUUUCCGACGAGCAUUUACAACAAAUAAUCCAAGUUUUAACGAACCAAGCAUUACUGUCAAGUAGUAGCUCUCGACCGAGUGCUAUUUUUAAUCAUCUUACAAAUCGCCGCAUUAUAUUUCGCGUAACACGUGCCAAACGUCGUCGUGGCAGUAGUAACGCUGAUUCUACAACUCAUAGUGGUGAUCGAAGUAGGUCAAGCCUUACUGUGAAAAGUGAAAAGAAGAACAGAAUAGGUCGGCCAAUCGGACGAAAGCGUAGAAAGCGUGAUUCCGAUGAAGAUCCUGACUUUGAACCUGAGGUUCCAGAAGAAGAAGUGUUACCAUUUCCACUGAUGAGGCGAACAUCUGCUUCUGGUCGAGUUUCUAAGCCACCGAAACACUUGGUUAAAGAUUACAAGCAUUUAAGGCUAGAAGAUUUAACAUCUAAACCAGAGUCAAGUGACGAUGAUGAUCAUUCUGAUGGAGGUUAUUCGGAUUAUAUUAACGAUGGACUAUCUGAUGAAGGCUGGUCCGAGGAUGGCGCUAAUAAAAGUCUACGUUGGCCUUGUCCUCUGUGCACCAAAGUGUUUACUUCUCGCGCUGGAGUCGCUCGACAUCGAAGUAUUGCCCACGGUCCUAAUCGUGGUCGACCCAGAGGUCGUUGGGCUAAUCCGUACAUGGCGAGUGUUCGGCGUAGAGCUAAACUGAAAGAAGCUAUUGCUGAGGCUACAGAUGAAGAUUUGAUUGAAUUUGUUGCACCAAAAUUGUGUAAACUGAUUAGUCCAUGGGAUCAUUUGCUUUUACGUUCUGAACACGGUAAUCCACCUCUGCCUCAAGUUCCUCGUGUUGUUUUGGAUUUUUUGAGUUUAGUGGAGCGUGCUCGAUCAUUUCUUGGUGAUCAGUUAGAGGCACAACCAAAACGUCUUAAAAAUGCGAAAAAGACAUCUGAAGGGAAUUCAGAAAAUCAAAAAGGUGAAACAAAUGAAGCGGGUGAAUCCGAUGCAGAUGGUGGUGAGGAAUCACAAAAUAAGUCAAAAUCUCAAGAAAAUGGUGUUGGUGAGGAAGGAGGACAAGAUGGCGAGGAGGAGGAGGAGGAGGAAGAGGACGAAGACGACGAAAAUGAUGAUGCCAUCAUAGUUAAGGUAGAUACAGAUGAACAGUCAGCAGCUUUAGGUUUACCGCGUGGCAAAUACAUUGUUAAAGAACCUUUAUGUGAAGAAUACCUACCUAGACGUUUUCGAUCAGUGUUGGCGGCACAACGAGCUAAAGCAGCUGCUGGAGAUGCUUCCGACUCUGAUAACGCGAGUGUAGGCCGUGCGAAACGUGCUGUGAUCGCUGUAGAAACAGCUGAAGACGAUGAAGUGGAUGCGACGCUACGCAGUGAAAUUGCUUCAACUGAAGGCUCAGGCCAACAACACUUUAGAGAGACUGGCGGCAAUACAACAAAUCAAGCUACAGAUAAUCAAUCACAAAAUAUUAUUUCAUUGGGUGAAGAAUUGCUUCUUCUUCCUGAAGGAGGUUUAGGCGGUCCUGUUCCAGAUGAAUGGCUUACCAGUGGUGCUUUUCUUACAGUAUUAACUGAAAAUGGUCAAACUAGUGAUUUAGUUAUGGAAGCUGCCACGGGUCGUCUAUUCCACCGUCCAACUGGUCAUCUAGUCAGUCUAGCUGAUUCUCAGCAAACAAAUCAAUCCGGUGAAGUUGGUGAAUUCCAAGAUGAGAGUUAUGCUGCAUAUUCACAAAAUGGUGAUGAACAAACAGUUUCAACAUCGAAACAAUCUAUUCCUGAGAAACGUAAAGGUGCCGGUGGUGGUGGUGGUGCUAGCACAUCGACAAAGUCGAAACCUACAUCCAAGCCAAAAACUAAAGCAGAGCCUGAUGCAGGCAAUAAUAAUGAUGUUUUAUCACAACAAGAACAAAUACUUGCACAACUUGCUGAGAAUGGAGAUGUUGUCGAUUUGAAUACACUUUUCCCUGGAGUAUCUGUUACUGAAGUGUCACCUGGUGUUUGUCUGGUCACUAAACCAAAUGGAGAUCGUUUCAAUGUUGAACAUGGUGGUGAAGGCAUAACGUUGGAAACACUUCAAGCUAUUCUACAGAUGGAUGCCUAG